AUUUCGUAUACGUUGACGGGUGUAAGAUUUUUAAUUUUUACGUAAACGCGUGUGAUUUUUUAUUAAUAAGUUCCUAAUAUAUCAUUUAGAUAUUGUUUGAAAUUUUUUACGUCGUUGGAAAUUGUUACGUACGUUAUUUGAUCAUGGAGGACGAGGAAGAUGGAAAACCGUUCGCAAUCGAACGAGCAAAGUCCGGCCGUGCGAAAUGCAAAAAAUGUAAAUGUCCUAUCGAGAAGGAUACAAUAAGGAUCGCGAAAUUAGUUUCGAAUCCUUUUUCGGAGGGUUCGAAAAUGAAGGCAUGGCAUCAUGUGUCUUGCAUUUUCGAGUUAUUCGCGAAACAGAGAGCUACGACUAAGAGAAUCGAAGAUCCUGAGGUGGACAUUAGUGGAUGGGAUAAUCUUCAGGAAGAGGACAAAAAGAUUGUCCUUGAGAAGCUUCAAGAGUUUGAACAAUCCUAUUCUUACAAAUCACCGAAAACGAAAACACCAUUAAAAAGGAAAGGAAAUUCUUCGGAUGGUCAAUCAACAACAACGCCGAAUAAAUUGGAGGAUAAAAUCGAUAACGAGACGAAAUCACCGAUGAGAAAGAAAAUAUCGAAAAAAUUAAUGGGAUCUCCGGAGAAUUCUAAGAAUUAUUCAGACGAUCCCAAGACGGUUAAUCUCGUGGAAUCUAAAAUGGCCUCCAAGUUAAAGAUACCAACAAAGGACGAUCUAUUUCGCGAAUUUCGACGUAUUUGUGCGAAUGUAGCGGAGGUCGACGCUUACAAGGAGAAAACGGCGAUCCUUAGGAAUAUGUUCAUUCAUGGAUCGUCCGGUGAGGGAUUUAAGAGCGACAUCGUGCUUUGGUGUAAGCUGCUUUUACCCCAAGCGGCAAAGAGAAUUUACAAUUUGCAAAGUAAACAGUUGGUCAAAUUGUUCUCACGUAUACUGUUGCAAGAUGAAAACUCGAUGUUGGAGAAUCUCGAACAAGGUGAUAUAGCCGAAACGAUUCGUCUAUUUUUUGAGAGUAGCACGGCCGUUAAAGCCUCGCCAAAAAGUUUGCUCACGAUUCAAGAGGUGGACAAGUUUCUCGAGUUUUUAUCAGGUUUAACGAAGGAGGACGAACAGAUGCAUCACUUUAAGUCUAUUAUUGAUAAAUGUACUGGAAAUGAUUUGAAAAUGAUUAUAAGAUUGAUAAAGCACGAUCUUCGAAUAAAUGCUGGUCCUAAACAUAUCCUUAACGCCGUUCACGAGGAUGCAUUUAAAGCGUUUCAAGUAUCAAUGAAUUUAGAAGCGGUAUUGCAACGAUUUUUACCAAGUACCUCUACGCCAUCGUCGACUUCACCGAAGGAAACUACCUUAUUGACUUCGCCAGGUGGUACUAAAAUAGCACUCUCUCUUAUGACCCCUGUUUUACCGAUGCUGGCUGAAGCAUGCAAGUCCGUUGAAAUGGCAAUGAAAAAAUGCUGUAACGGGAUGUUCGCUGAAAUUAAAUAUGAUGGUGAACGUGUUCAAGUACAUAAAAAGGGUAUUGAAUUUCAAUAUUUUAGUCGAUCUCUUAAACCAGUAAUGGCACAUAAGAUAAGACAUUUUAAGGAUUACAUUCCGAAAGCGUUUCCAGAUGGCGAUGAUUUAAUUCUUGAUUCUGAAAUUCUUUUGAUCGAUAAUAAAACUAGCAAACCAUUGCCAUUUGGAAGUUUAGGUGUUCAUAAGAAAUCAGAAUUUAAAGAUGCAAACGUUUGUCUCUUUGUCUUUGAUUGCAUUUAUUACAACGGAGAAGUACUUAUUAACAAAUCUAUGAAAGAAAGAAGACAGAUUUUGAAGAGUAGGAUGACAGAAAUACCUAACAGAAUAAUGCUGUCUGAAUCUCAGGAAGUGCAUAAAAAAAAAGAUUUGGCAGAGAUGAUAGCAAAAGUUCUGAAAUUGGGUCUCGAAGGAUUAGUUCUGAAAGAUAUUAAAAGUAAGUACGAGCCUGGUAAAAGACAUUGGUUGAAAGUAAAGAAGGAUUAUUUGUUCGGUGGUGCUAUGGCCGAUAGUGCAGAUCUCGUUGUUCUCGGCGCAUGGUAUGGUACCGGUCAAAAAGGAGGAAUGAUGUCAAUCUUUCUUAUGGGUUGUUACGAUUCUGAUGCGGAUAAAUGGUUAACUGUGACAAAAGUACACUCUGGCCACGACGAUGCGAUGUUAGAGGCACUUCAAAAUAAACUCGAUAUGAUUAAAAUAGGUAAAGAUCCAGCUAAAGUUCCAAAAUGGUUACGAGCAAACAAACCAAUGGUACCAGACUUUGUUGCAAGAGACCCAAAGAAACAACCAGUCUGGGAAAUCACUGGAGCAGAAUUUACAAAUCAAGGAGUGCAUACAGCAGAUGGAAUUAGCAUUAGGUUCCCACGAGUAACAAGAAUUCGCGAUGAUAAGGAUUGGUCUACUGCUACGAAUUUGAAUGAACUUCGUGAAUUAUUUAGAAGGAGUUCUGACUGCUUAGACUUUAGCAUUCUCUUGGGAACCAAUAACAGCGAUAAGAAAGAUCCGAAAUUAAUUGCUUCGACCAGUUCUACGCCUUCGACCAGUUCUACGCCUUCGACCUCCGGCAAAAUCGAUAAAGAAAAAAAUAUUUCUCCAAAAGGAGUAAAAGUCGAGAAAACAAAUGUCGACGACGAUGACAAGGAGAAAACUAAAGGAAAAAUUAAAAUAGAAGGUAGAAUCAGAGUUAAAAAGGAAUUUCAUAUUGAUCAACCAAGUACGAGUAGACAAAUAAUGAAAGAAAUAGAAACAUGUGGAGAGGAAAAUGUUAAAACGGAAAAGAUAUUAGAUUUAUUCGAAGCCAGUUAUGAUCCUGAUAUUAAAAUAAAAGAAGAAGCUACUCCAAUCGAGAAUCUAGAACACGAAGAAUCCAUAAUAAAGAAUGAAAGUGAUUCUAAAAAAGAUGAUACAUCCGCCAAGUAUUAUUCUUUCGUUAAUAACGACAGCGACGCUUAUAUUAAUGCUUUUCUUUAUUCUACUAUUCUUCGAUUAACACUAACCGUACCAACAAGCACAGUCAUUUGAUUUACGAUUUACGAU